UGACAUCACUCGCGAGUAUUCGUGACAUUGAACGGUUCUGUCGUGAGCAAGAUGUCGACCGCCGAGCUAAAUCCGAGACCUCUGCGAGUUUCUCCUUUUAUUAAGUUCUGUCGAUGGAGUUUACUCCUUACUGGGACCGCAUAUGGUGCAUAUUUCCAUAAUAAAUAUAGUAAGAAGGAAAAUGCUCGCAGAGCAGAGGAGCUGAGGCUUAAACCUAUACGUGAUGCUCAAUUAGCUGAAGAGAAAAGGCUUGCACAUCUGGCGGAAAUGAAAAUGUUGGAAGAUUUAAUGAAAUCAAAACCAGCUGCUUAAAUUUAAUUUAUUUGAUUAGCAUACAUGUUCAUAAAGUGGUAAUUGAUGUAACAUAUAUAUAUAUACAUAUAUAUAUAUGUGUGUAUAUGUGAGGUAGAUAACAUAUUAUUUCAACAUCGAAAACAGUCGCAAUUAUUGAACCAUAUAUUGUACAAAAAUGUCUAAUAAAAAUCUGUGAAAUUCA